ACAUCACCAUGUUGCACUACCUGAUCAUGAUCUUUGAGAAGAACUACCCGGACACACUGAACAUCCAGCAGGACCUCAACAGUGUCCCGGAGGCUGCAAAAGUCAAUUUGGCGGAGCUGGAAAAAGAGGUGCACAACAUGAAAAGUGGGCUGAAGGCUCUGGAGGCGGAGCUGCAGUACCAGCAGAGCAGGACGAGGGAACGUGGGGAUAAGUUCGUGGCUGUGAUCGGAGACUUCAUCACCGUGGCCGGCUUCAGCUUCUCUGAACUGGAGGACCAGCUGAGCGAAGCCAAGGACAAGUUUACCAAAUCGCUGAAGCACUUUGGGGAAGAAGAAGGGAGGAUGCAGCCUGAUGAGUUCUUCGGGAUCUUCGACACCUUCUUGCAGUCGUUUUGUGAAGCACGGCAGGACCUGGAGAACAUGCAGCGACGUAAAGAUGAGGAGGAGAGGAGGUCACGAAUGGAGGCCAUGCUCAAGGAGCAGAGGGAACGGGAACGGCGGGCCAAGAAGAGCGGGGCCUCAGACGAGGUCGGCGGGGAGUUUGACGACCUAGUGUCGGCUUUACGUUCCGGUGAGGUCUUCGACAAGGACCUUAACAAAUUCAAGCGUAACCGCAAGCGCUCUGUCAACCAGCUGGUGGAGGGCGGGGGCCGCGAACGAGCUGUCACCAAGGUCAACUACUAGGUCGAGGAAUGGAAGGACAAAAACUAAAAACACUUAACACCUAAAUUCUAUUGAGGUGUUUGACACCUUUAGUCCAGGUUCUCGAGUGGUGACCUUUGACAUAGGAGAGGCUGUACAUAAAGGCUGGACAUGUGGCGACAUGUAUGGACAGUAGCGCCACUUUGAAGGAUGCAACACUCUCCUCUGAUUUGGUCUUGUAAAGCUGUUUCCAACCUGUUUGUCCUGGGUGUUGUUUGAUCUCAUGAGCUGGAUGAAGGACACUUGUGAUUGGUUGAUGGAUGGAUGGACGGACAGACAGACCACUGUGACGCACUAUCCCAUAUCUUUUGACCCUAUCCUUUUAACACUGUGUUCAAACUUCCAGCUCUCCAUCACCCCUUCUUUUUCACUGCUCUUUAUAUCUUACAAACCUUUCUCCGUUUCUCAGUAACUUCCUCGGGGCUUGAUCAGCCCAUUCUCUGUGUAUCUGGUUCUAGAGACACAUAGGAUGUUCAAAUCCACCAGUCACGCUGUAAAUAGAUUCCAGGCCAAGAGAAAGGAUUGGGAAGAAAAAGUAUAUCUGGAAAAAGAAGGUGGGGAGCUACGGGAACUAAGCCAUUACCUCCACGGCCAUGGUGGUUCCCGGGACGAGAGACACUCCAGCAUCAGUGUUGGUGGAUAUUCAUGAACUACCUUUCCCAGAAUGCUUUGCAAGCUUCUGAAAGCGUGAGGAAGGGCACCACAACAGUGCUUCAUAACAGAGGAUUUAUCCCAACCUGGCCUCUUGAAAUGCACAGCAUUCACAAGUAGGGAGUUAUUUCAGAGGACACAAAAUGAAAAAAAAAAAACAACCUCUCUCAUCUUGUUCCACCCGACAACACGAUGACUGUGCCACCAGGUUUUAGCCUCACCUACACUCUCCAAUGGUUUCAACAUUGUUCUGAGAGAAACACAAAUGUAAAUGUAUUAACAAAAAAACAUACUGCAAUUAGGCGUUGAUAUAUAUUUAUAUUCAGAUGCAGACAAGCUAAUUGCAAAGAUGUAGAGGGUUUUUUUUAUGUUUUCAUGGCAUUUGGGGGUUUUGUACACACGAUGCAUUAUUUGUUGGUGUUGCAAGUUCACAUUGCUGUUGAAGUGAAUUUCUAUACAUUUUGCGCUUUAUGUAAAAUAGAUAAUUGCUUGACCUUUUCUCACCAGUAUGUGUUGUUUGCACUGUAGAUUUUCUGACAAAACUUCACACUCAGUGGUUCCCACAGGCUGGUCUCGUCGACAAAGUCCUCUCUGUACUUAAAAUACCUUUAUGUGUAAAAGAUAAUGAAGGAAUGCCACAUGAAAAUUAAAACAUAAAGGCAUAUUCGGCGGUUUGUUUACAGUGCUCUCACUGCUCAGCUGUCUGCUUGCAUCUGAAUGUGUUUUCUGAUUCAUCUGCUGCAACCACUAUGCAGACCAGAGGGUGCGAAAAUGAUGCUGCAUAACGGUUCCCAUCCAUUGUAUCUAUAGGAUCUUUUCCACUGGUGCUAAAACUUGUGGUUUAUGUAAAGCCAUUAGUCCACUUUAGGAUUUAAACCAGGGAUUUAUUGCUAAAAUUCAGCCUCAUUACAUACAUUUCUGUGUUUUUAUUUGAGCUGGCAUUGUGAUUUCAGACCACACUUUGUAAUCAGUAUGUUACAACAGAGCACUUAAAGGGUGUACACAGUGUACAAAUGAUUACAUGGAAAUGUUAAGGGUUCUUUGAUGGUUGUAAGUUUGAAGAAAAAAAAAACAGAAGUGUGCCCAUAGAGCAUCAGAAGGAUUUAAAUUGGGUUAUGAAGAGUCGGCCGUUCACCAUAUUCACAUGGCAGCCAUUUUUUUCUGGCAGCUAGCUCAGGAUGGGAAGCUCAAAUUCUGCUAUCGGAAGGAAACUGUUGUAUUGCUGUGUACAUAUUUCAAAGUAGAAAAACAUGGAUUUAAGAUUUAUCAGUAACUGAAGUGAUAAUGGUGGUAGAAACAGAGAUACAGGGAUAUCAGAACAUAUAGCCUAUUAGCUAGCAUUGGACAGCAGCUAGCAGCAUUCAACAACAAACAGUGUAACGUGUGUAGCUGUUAGCUGAAGUGGUUGAAUGCUAAUGUGAGCUGUUGUCCAACAGAAGCUAAUGUGUAAUUAUUUAUUAUAUAUAUAUAUAUAUAUAUAUAUAUAUAUAUAUAUAUAAAUUAUAUUUGAAGAUUGCUCGGUAUUCCCUCGGAUUGUCACUGCCCGCUGUCUUUUUAGUUGCUAAACUUUAUAAGAGCAUUAAAAGGAAAAAGGAAAAUUGUAGCUUCCCACCAUUAUACGACUUCCUAUGUGCCACCAAGCAGUUUAUUGUGUCAGAAUUUGAGCUUCAGUGUGUGUAUGGUAAAUGCAGAUAGUCUCUUCUUGUCAGUUUUUAAGGGUGAUGAGGAAGCAGAUAGGUUCACACUCCAUUAAAUGAGGAAGGAAGUGCGAUUAAUAUGCUACGUUUGAAAAUGCAUCUGCAUCAUCUGCAUCAUCUGCAUAUAAAGAGUUGGAAGGCAAAGAGUUGGAAUAUCAUACAUGGUUACAUCUCUUUUUGUUUUUUAAAUAACCCAUGUCAUUCAAGGUUGUUAGUGAGCUCCAGAGACCAGGAGUAGAGUUUUAAGAUUGGAUUUGGUCUUUUUCAGAGCAAAGGGACAAAAAAAAGAAACACCCUGUUAAAUCUCCUUUGUUGGCUCAAGACGUGAGAAGUAAAAAAGGAAUAAUUUAGUUAUAUUUGGUAUGAUUAUAACCAAACACGAGAUACUUGUGCCCUUAUUGUGUGUGGAUGUAUCAAGUGUGAGGCCCCUGAUGUAGUCUGUAAAAACAAAGAGGUUAAAGGUUUUUCUCACAGUGACAAUUACAGUUAACACUUGUCUCCUUUCCUCGGAUUAAAUCAGAUCAAUGACCCCACAGCACUUGAACCAAUGAGCACUUGGUGUACAAACAAAGAAGUACAUUUCCAAAAAGAUUAAUUCUUAUGUCAUUCAACAAACUGAACCUUUACUCUACACAAACUUCUGAAUGCCACACAAAUCUCCACAGUAGUGAAGGCUAUCCCAGUUGGUCUCUGAUAUGAUUUGAUCCAACACAUUUUUGUUUCACCUUUAAGUGCCUCUGUACCCGUUUUCACACACGUAUCAUUCCUAUUAUUGUGUCAAGUGCUUGUGGCUUUCCCAAAAAAAUAGUGUUUUCCAGAAGCUGACAGUUUGAAUCGGCCUAAUUGGCGCCACCUUGUGGCUGCAGAUGGUGCACUGUGUCAACACCUACUUCUCCUGAGUGUUAACACUAGGUGCCAGUUGACCUGAACGUUAGUUAAAAUGACUCACUCACUUCAUUUUUCCAUAAACUGUAACUUCACAGAGAACCAUCAUCCUACCAGGAGGUUAUUUCUUAGAUUUUUCUGAAGUAGAGAAAAGCUAAUGUAAGGUUAAAAAGGUGAGAAGUGUGCAGAGAGGAUCUUUGAAUCUUUGAAGAGAUUAAUUGGUAAACCAAAAAGAUUUAAACAUUCAGACACUUUAAAAAAUCUAAAAAGCCCCUUAUAUCUUAAGGGGAAGAGGACGUUUGAUUGCCUAUUCUUGAACCAACGUCUCAUGUAUUUUUGAGCUGUUCUAUUUCCUAACCUCUGCUCCUUUGUCUUUCAAGUAAAUCCAAGUAAGUAUUUCAGACUUUGGCAGACCCUUCACACUCUUAAUCCAGAGCUUUAACCUGUAGUGUAGUGCAGACUAUUUACUGAGGGGUAUUGCAACAUUGUCAGUAUUAUUACAUGUUUAUGUUGUUACAUGUAUGGAUGUUUAUUUGGCCAUUGACUGGCUGAUUGGAGUGUACAGAUGGAAAUCAGAGGAAUGAAAUUAGUAGCUUGUUCAUUGCACUUUUAUUAUGGGACAUUUCCAUUUGCAGCGCCAUUAUGAGGGGCUCAGAUCCCUCCUAACUUGAGAAGGGUGCAACGGAAGAGCGGUGCAGAAAAACACGGUGUGAAGAAGAGGAGGGAGAUAAAGGGCAAGUGAGCUUGGACGCUCCGGCUGGGCCGCUGUAAACACAUUAAUAUUCAGUCUGUAUGGAUGGCAGAGGUGGGACUUUUGAGGACACAAAGAGGUGACACUUGUUUGAAACAGACACCUAUAUGUGUGUGUGUGUUUGUGUUACCUCCUCAGAUGUGUCAGGGGGAAAAAGGUAAUGUUGUCACACUAACACAUUUCUAUGAAAUCAUGCACUUGGCGUCGACCUGCAUGCCUAAACAACGUGCACAAAGAGUGACGUGUUGACUUUCACCUUUUAAUAGAAAAUCGUUAGAAAAAUGGAACACACCUGUUACACAACAGUUUGUACCGCCUGAGAAAAAGUUGCACCCACUUUUAGAGGUUGUACCAUGGUGAGGAGUCAGUAUUUUUAUGGUUGGAAAAAAAAGAAUCCUCCACUGAAAAAUGUACAGUUGGAUAAAAAAGCAUUUUGUACACGCUUGAUGUUUGAGAUGACAUUAAAAAAGAUAAAAACAUUGAGGAAUGUUCCAUUUUCCUGUAAAUUGUACCUCUAUUUAUUUGCCUUAUUUAGUUUGCUAUAUUUUGUAUGUACACACAGCAUUACAAUAAAAUGUUAUAUUAAAAAAUAUGAAUAAUUCAACUGUGGUCCAUGUAUGAUGGAUAGUUUUGAGACUUGUAUAAGAAUGCAAAUCUUUUUCUUUUUUCAUUUCUAUAAUUUUAUUUUUGUUUUGUAUUUUUUCUCACCCUGUGUCUUUGGUAGGGUUACAAUAAACUUUUGUCCCUUAAAACUCA